GCCCCCGCCCCCCCGGUGCCCGCCGAGCUCAACAUGGAGCCGGGCCCGGGCGAGGAGCCCCGCGCCUCCACGUCCUCCGCCACGGCCGCCGCGCCGGAGCCCGGCCCCGAGGAGAAAAAUGAUCCCCCAUUCCAACUCAAACUUCCUCCAAAGGCAGCUAGACCUGAAAAAGAAGUUGACCCAGAAUAUGAAGAGAAGAUGAAAGCAGAUCGAGCAAAAAGGUUUGAAUUCCUCCUGAAGCAGACAGAACUUUUUGCACAUUUCAUUCAACCUGCAGCACAAAAAUCACCAACGUCUCCACUGAAAGUCAAGCUGGGUCGGCCACGGAUGAAGAAAGAUGAAAAACAGAGUUUGAUUUCAGCUGGGGAGUACCGCCACAGGCGCACGGAGCAGGAGGAGGAUGAGGAGCUCUUGUCCGAGAGCCGGAAAAGCUCCAACGUGUGCAUUCGGUUUGAGGAGUCCCCUUCAUAUGUGAAAGGAGGAACACUAAGAGAUUAUCAGGUUAGAGGUUUGAACUGGAUGAUCUCAUUGUAUGAAAAUGGAGUUAAUGGCAUUCUGGCAGACGAAAUGGGGCUUGGUAAGACUCUACAGACAAUAGCUUUAUUAGGCUAUCUGAAGCAUUACAGAAACAUUCCUGGGCCACACAUGGUUCUAGUUCCAAAAUCAACUUUGCAUAACUGGAUGAAUGAAUUCAAGCGCUGGGUUCCAUCCUUACGUGCUGUUUGCCUUAUUGGAGAUAAAGAUGCCAGAGCUGCAUUUAUCCGUGAUGUUAUGAUGCCUGGUGAAUGGGAUGUUUGUGUUACAUCAUAUGAAAUGGUAAUUAAAGAGAAAUCAGUCUUCAAGAAAUUUAACUGGAGGUACCUGGUAAUUGAUGAAGCCCACAGAAUAAAGAAUGAGAAGUCUAAGUUGUCAGAGAUUGUGCGUGAGUUCAAGACAACAAAUCGAUUGCUGCUUACAGGAACUCCUUUACAGAAUAACCUCCAUGAGCUGUGGGCAUUACUCAAUUUCCUUUUACCUGAUGUCUUCAAUUCUGCAGAUGAUUUUGACUCAUGGUUUGACACUAAAAAUUGCCUUGGUGAUCAGAAACUUGUAGAAAGACUUCAUGCUGUUUUGAAGCCAUUUCUCUUACGUCGCAUAAAAGGUGAAGUAGAAAAGAGUUUGCCUCCAAAGAAAGAAGUGAAAAUUUAUCUUGGGCUCAGCAAAAUGCAGAGAGAAUGGUACACCAGGAUCCUGAUGAAAGACAUUGAUAUCCUGAAUUCAGCUGGCAAGAUGGAUAAGAUGCGCCUGCUGAAUAUUCUGAUGCAGCUGCGGAAGUGCUGUAACCAUCCUUACCUGUUUGAUGGUGCUGAGCCUGGCCCUCCUUACACCACUGACACUCAUCUCAUCACCAACAGUGGGAAAAUGUUAGUUCUGGAUAAGCUGCUGGCAAAACUCAGAGAGCAGGGUUCCAGAGUUCUGCUGUUCAGUCAGAUGACUCGUUUGCUGGAUAUUUUGGAAGACUAUUGCAUGUGGCGUGGUUAUGAGUACUGCAGGCUUGAUGGGCAGACACCACAUGAGGAAAGAGAGGAAGCAAUUGACACAUUUAAUGCUCCUAACAGCAGUAAAUUCAUUUUCAUGCUGAGUACCAGAGCUGGAGGUCUUGGAAUUAAUUUGGCAACUGCUGAUGUGGUUAUUCUUUAUGAUUCAGAUUGGAACCCUCAAGUAGAUCUGCAAGCCAUGGAUCGUGCGCAUCGUAUUGGUCAAAAGAAACCAGUACGGGUGUUCCGACUUAUCACUGAUAAUACUGUUGAAGAGAGGAUUGUAGAAAGAGCUGAAAUAAAACUGAGACUGGACUCUAUAGUUAUACAACAAGGAAGGCUCAUAGACCAGCAGUCCAACAAACUGGCAAAAGAUGAAAUGCUGCAGAUGAUCCGGCACGGAGCCACGCACGUGUUUGCUUCCAAAGACAGCGAGCUGACAGAAGAAGAUAUAACCACUAUCUUGGAAAGAGGUGAAAAGAAGACAGCUGAAAUGAAUGAACGAUUGCAGAAAAUGGGAGAGAGCUCCUUGCGAAAUUUCACUAUGGACACAGAGAUGAGCUUGUACAACUUUGAAGGUGAAGAUUACAGAGAAAAACAGAAGCUGAGCAUGAUGGAAUGGAUUGAGCCUCCAAAAAGAGAACGCAAAGCCAAUUAUGCAGUGGAUGCUUAUUUCAGAGAGGCCCUACGUGUCAGUGAACCAAAAGUCCCCAAGGCUCCACGACCUCCAAAACAACCAAAUAUUCAAGAUUUUCAGUUUUUCCCACCACGGUUAUUUGAACUUCUGGAAAAAGAAAUUCUGUAUUACCGUAAAACUAUAGGAUAUAAGGUCCCCAGGAAUCCUGACCUUCCAAAUGCAGCUCAGGUACAAAAGGAGGAACAAAAGAAGAUAGAUGAGUCUAUGCCUCUGAAUACUGAGGAAAGUGAAGAGAAAGAAAAGCUUCUAACACAGGGUUUUACAAACUGGAAUAAAAGAGAUUUUAACCAGUUUAUUAAAGCUAAUGAGAAAUAUGGUCGUGAUGAUAUAGACAAUAUUGCCCGUGAGGUGGAAGGAAAGUCACCUGAGGAGGUCAUUGAGUACUCAGCUGUUUUCUGGGAACGUUGUAAUGAACUACAGGACAUUGAGAGGAUUAUGGCUCAGAUUGAACGAGGAGAGGCCAGAAUUCAACGCAGGAUCAGCAUCAAGAAAGCCCUUGAUGCCAAAAUUGCAAGGUACAAAGCACCUUUUCAUCAGCUGCGUAUUCAGUAUGGAACAAACAAAGGGAAGAAUUACACAGAAGAAGAAGACAGGUUUUUGAUCUGCAUGUUACACAAGAUGGGCUUCGACAAGGAGAACGUGUACGAGGAGCUGCGGCAGUGCGUGCGCAACGCUCCUCAGUUCAGGUUCGACUGGUUCAUCAAAUCCAGAACUGCCAUGGAGUUUCAGAGACGCUGCAAUACUCUCAUAUCAUUAAUAGAAAAAGAAAAUAUGGAAAUUGAGGAAAAAGAAAGAGCUGAAAAGAAGAAAAGAGGAGCAAAAGUUACAGCGUCACAGAAGAGAAAAGCAGAUUUGGCUGCUGAGAACUCUGGAAAAAAAGAUGCUAAGAAAGUGAAGUCGUGAACCUGAAAACUGAAUGCUAAAUAUGAAACUGCCACUUUCUUCACUCCAUCUAUGUGUAUUAAUUGCCAACUUCUUUGUAUUCAUGGUACUCUUCCCCAAGUCCCAUGCUUUAAUUUUGCAAAUUUUGUAUCCUUUACGACGCCUUUCUUUACCUAAAAUGUGUAGCUUUAUAUCUUACGCAUUCCAGUAUUUUUGUGUACUGUAUUUUGUGAGUUCCAUGUCUUUGGCAAAAUUCACUCAGUCCUUGGUUUUUUGAAGCUUGUGCUGAGGUUUUAGCUUUUAUAUGUUUUAUAUGCUGCUGCUUUGAAAAAAACCCUAGAUUCUAUAGCUGUAUUAUUGUUGUUUCAUAUUUUAAAUUUAUAUGGCUGUUGGAAAAUAAACUGACUUAAUUAUUUGAAGAGAAAUAUACUUCACCUUUGUUUUCCCUGUCCUCUCUCCCUUUUUUGCAUAGCUGCAUUUAGAGAGAAUGUUAAGGUUUGUAUAAUUGUGCCUUCAUCAUCAAUCAGAUUUUUUUCAGAGGAGUACUAGACAGGAUCAGGAGCAUGACAGAACAAAAUCUAAUUAGACUGACAUCCUUGUUUGCUCUCUGCAUUAAAUGGACAUUUUCUCUGAAAUGUUCAGAAGGAAACCCAGCAAAUACACACUUUUUGUUUUGCUUUAUCAGUGAUUUCUGCUGGGCUACAUGCUUAAACACAGGGUGAGGUGUUUCUCACAAUGGCCUCUAGAUGAAAACUUUUCUAUGCCUGAUAAAAGGAAGUAGUCAGCUCACAGCUUCUGGUUGUUUAAGUAGCAAACAAAAUAGUUCACUCUCUGGUUGGUAGGCUCCUCAGCUCUGCUGCCCUGUGCUGAAAGAUCUUCGUUGCUCUAAUUAUCUCUGCGAAAGUUCUUCUUUUACCUUUUAUUCAACAUGUCAGUCAGAAGCAAUGGGGAUAUGUUAUGGAGUGCUCCUUUUUAGUAUUUCUAUUUUAAUGAAGGGAUGAAAGUGUUGGAUGUAUGAUUUUUUGACUUUGCAAGAAUGGCCUUUAUUAAGCAGGUUCACAGUUCCUGCUCACUUUGGAGUCUGCCUUUCCCAGAUCAGUAGAACAGUGGCUGUGACAUCUGAUGUUUUACUUUAAUGUUCUGUCUCUGAUCUGGUGUUUAGUACAGACCUUGCUACAGUGAGACAUGCCCUCAUAAUGUCAGGUCUAGAUUAAUGCAGUGUGCUUUACAUGGUACUUCCCUUGAAGACUACUUGUAAACUUCUUCUAGUGCAGUUUGCUUCCUUCAGUGGUUUGAGGUGUUUUUAGAUAAAGAAACCUCUUUACUCUUUGUAUUUUGUGCUUUGCAUUGGCUACCUUCUUCUGUGUUUGUAAAACGUAGGACUUUAUAAAAUAAAGUUCUCGAGCUCUGCCCACA